AAAAAAAUGUCUACUGUUUUCGUUUCUGGUGCUAGUGGUUUUAUUGCCCUGCAUACUGUCCAACAAUUAUUAGAUCAAGGAUAUACUGUCAUUGGUUCUGUUAGAUCAGAAUCCAAAGGAGAAGCAUUGGUCAAGGCUUUAAAGGGUAACAAGAAAUUUAGCUAUGUUAUUGUUUCUAACAUUGCCGAUGCUGGGGCUUUCGAUGAAGUUUUGAAAUCUCACCCUGAAAUCUCUGCUUUCUUACACAUUGCCUCCCCAUUCAGAAUGAAUGUCACUGAUCCAGAAAAGGAAACUUUGAUUCCUGCUAUUCAAGGUACCAAGAAUGUAUUAGAAUCUAUCCAAAAAUAUGCUCCUCAAAUCACCAGAGUUGUUAUCACUUCUUCUGAUUGUGCUGCUAGAGAAAAUGACGACAGAAAUCCAAGUAUCACUCUUGACGAAUCUGUAUGGAGCAAAGCUACUUAUGAAUCAUCCAAAGAUCAUCCAGUUUUAGCUUACUUGGGUUCUAAACCACUUGCUGAAAAAUUGGCUUGGGAUUUCGUCAAGACCGAAAAGCCAAAGUUUGAAUUGGUUACUGUGUUACCAAGUUACACUUUUGGUCCUCAAAUUGACGAUUCCUUGAUAAGCCCUACAUUGAAUCAAUCUUCCCAAGUUCUUGAAACUAUGUUGUACCUGAACCCAGAUUCUAAGUUGCAACACCAUACUGGUAGUUUUAUUGAUGUUAGAGAUGCCGCAAGAGCUCAUCUUGUUGCUUUAACUAGCAAGGAAGCUCCUAAUCAUAGAUUAAUUUUAUCAUCAUCCAGAUUCACUUCUCAAAGUGUUUACGAUAUCUUGUCUAAGAAAUAUCCACAAUUAAAUACUUACAAAGGGGAACCAGAAAGUGACGUUGCAGAAAUUGCAACUUUCCAAAAAUUAGACUAUUCCAAGACUAAGCAAAUUCUUGGUUUCGAAUAUAUUCCAUUACAAAAGACUGUUGUUGAUACUGUUGAUCAGAUAUUACGUGUUAGAGCUUAGGUUAUAUAGAGAUAAAAUAAAGCCUUUGAUAAUCGUUAAUGUACAAUUUUAUUGUAAUUGUCACCUAAUUCCUGUUUGAGUAAAUAUUGCUUUAUGUCAAGCCCCCAGCGAUAACCAGUUAUCUUACCAUUUUUCGCAAGAGCCCGGUGACAAGGAAUAACCAAGGAAAUCUUGUUUGCACCACAACAAUUACCUACUACCCGACUUGAAUUUGGAAUAUUUAAUGAUUCAGCUAUUUCUUUAUAUUGCAUAGUAGUCCCAGUAGGUAUCUGCAACAACUUAUCCCAAACCUUUUUCUGUAGGGCCGUACCAAAGAUAAUUCUAGUGCGAAUAUUAAGAUUAUUCAAAGUUCUUGGAUCAUCCAUUCCUUUUCUAAAACCAUCAAUUGUCUUUUGAAUUUGUUCGUUUGAAGGUAUGGUUGAUAAUGAUUUUAGGUUGUAUUCCUUUAGCGAUUUAAAGUCCUUAACUAAUUCCUCUCGUAACACGUUUGGGUGUUUUCCUAAAGACGCGUAGCACAACAACCCGUGGUCAUCCAAGACCAAUAAUGCUUUAUAUGGAGUAGAUGUUUGAAUCACAGUAUAAUAUAAGUAUGCCAUUGAUGUAUUUUUACUUCAUGAUCAAUAAAUAAUAUACAAUUUGCUUACUAAGUUGAAUUUAUAGACAAACAAAAAUUUGAGAGCAAUAUUCUUUACAAUAUAAAAGUAUUUUUUUUUCCAAUCUAGUUUGCAACUAUAUACAAUUAUCAAUUAGUUAACUGGAAAAUUUCUAAAGAUUUAGGUCAUCUUUAAUGGCCACAAGCUGUGACCACAGAAUUCUGGCCUGCUAAAGGUUGUCUAUAGGCAAAGAUCAAUUUACCAAACAAGGCUCCCAACAAACAAGAAAUAAUAAUAUACCCAUUGUAAUACAUGAAGAGUAACAUGAUAAUAUAAGCCAAUCCCCAUUCAAUAACAAACAAUAUACACCUAAUAAGAUGUUCGAAUGGAGUUGCCACUACUCCUGGAGCAGGGUUAAAGAACCAUUCAUGGGAUAAGGCAUAUAAGUAAGGAUUUGGACCUGGUGAUAUAUCAGCGGUUUUCCCACCAUCUGAAUCAUCACAAUUACAGUCGAUAAUUGGUCUAUUACGUCUGACAAUUGCAGCAUCAAAUUCUUGAGAAAAUCUGUGUAACCAUUGACCAGAAACAACUAAAAGGAAAGCCCCAAUACAAGAACCAGCAAAUUGACCUUUGGUACUCACAUGCCACGAUCUUGCUAAGAAACAAGCGUCAAUAGUAUACCAAUUCCAAAGCAUGGAAAUCUUACAUGCAUGAGGAUCAGCAGCUCCGUGUCCCAUAUUCAUUUUUUUUUUGGCGUGAGUUGAUUUAUUAUAUUGGUAAGAGGGAAGGGUUUAGUGUUUAAUAA